AUAACUUAGGGAUUUCAGCAGGCCAUACUCUAUAUGCUUUUGUUUUGUUGAGCAAAAUAGAGACUGAUAAGAGACAUUCCAAGGGAGGCUUCCUCAGUUUGUUUGACUGGAACAGAAAAUCUCGAAAGAAGCUAUUUAGUGACAGUCCAAAAAUACCUGAAGAAUCAAUGCAAGGAAAGGAAAAUGCAGAGAGCACGGCAAAGUUACAACUAUUUCAAAUGCAUGGGGAUGGGGAAGUUGCAAGUCCAAGUUACAUAACAAAUUGUGAUUUUAGUGGUGCGCUAUCAAUUAAUAGUGAUGAAGGAUGUGGUGCUAAAGCCCUUGGACUAAUGGCAAGACUGAUGGGUCUGGAUUUGUUGCCUGCUUCGACAAUCCCUAAACUCUCAUCCGCUGCAUUAUAUGGCUCUGACUCUCUUGGAUCUUGUCAUGAGGAUGUUCUUGGCUCAAUGAAUGGCUAUCAACAUGUAGACUACAUAAAUAUGCUGCGUAAGCCAGAGAAGUCCUUAAGGAAUGCCAUGGAAUCGAGGACACAAAAAGUAGCAAAUCGAGCAAUCAAGAAAUUUCAAACUGAGAUGUUGCCUCCAAACUCAGCUAAACCGAUUCUCGUUACUCACAAUAAGCUCUUGUCCCCUAUCAAGAGUCCAGGAUUCAUCCCCCCAAAGAAUACAGCCCAUAUAAUAGAAGCAGCUGCUAAGAUAAUUGAAGCAAGCCCUUAG